AUGCCGUCACAUAAACGAAGCCGAUCCUCGCUCACUUCAACAACAUCAUCAUCAGCAUCUAGCGAGGAAAAUUCUUCACUGCAAGAAAAGCCUAGCAAGAAAACAAAACGUCCAAAGGCUUUGAAAAAAGUUUGUUCGGAUGAAGAUUUGGAUGAUAUUCGUAUUUAUUUAUUAACUAGAAAGGUUGAUGAUACAAGUGAUGAUUCAGAUGAGAAGAAUUGGAAACGAGCUGAUUAUAGAGUGUUGAAGAAUAUUCCAAAUCAUGAUGAUGAGGAUGAUGAGGUUGAACCUGAAUCCGAGCCUGAAGUUGUAGAAAGAUCUAUUGCUUGUUGUAUUAGUGAAUUUAAUUCUGGACUGUCGGAUGAUACUGGAGGAGAGGAACAAGUUCGUAUUGGAUUUUUGUUGGAAAAUAAGAGUUCUAUUGAUGUUGCCUAUGUAAUUGGGUUUAAUGGAUUGGAGGCUGCUUCAAAAAUUCUUAAGAGUGAACGAACAACACUGAUUGGAGAUUAUAGAAAUAAUACCAAAGGCUUUUCACAAGACUUUAUUGUCAGCAAGAGUAAAAUGGCUCAGGACGAAAGUGAAGUAGUUGAUCGUGCACUAUUAGAUAAAUUAGGUGUUAUUGAGGUGAAGAUUCAUCGUGCCCAGAAAUCUCAUCAGGGAAAAUCUCAUGGUGAUAAUUCAAAAAUUAAAUCCACUGAAUCUCCACAAAUCAAAAUUAAAGAGUCCAUGAUAAAGACUUCAGCCGCAAUGAGCUUGAAUUUUGGAGCUGUCAAACAAAUCCCUUCCCAAAAAGCUGGUGGAUUGACAACUUAUUUCGAUUAUAAGGAGCUUCUUAUUAACCUUGAAAUUAAAUAUCGUAAUUACAUUGGAUACUUGGUCGAGUUAGCCAAAGCAAAUGUUCCAAUUGAGCAAAAGAAAACAACUACGGAGUCAGAAAAGAAUGAAGAAGAGAUUAUUGAAAUUGAGAGUGAUGAAGAUGAUGAAAUUCAAGAAACUACUGCACCUCCACCAAUCCAAACCACUCCAGCUUUGGUGUUAACACCAUUCAAAAGUCAAUCCUUAAUGAGCAAAGUGAAAGAAAAUGUGUCACAACUAGAAGCCAUGUCAACAGAAGACCUUAUCAAAUUUAUCAAAUUAAUAGACGAAAAGCUAUAUGAAUCCGUGAAAGAUCCUUUCAGAAAUGAAAACAUUGAUGGCAGUGUCUUUUUAGCUCUCUCAGGCCAAGAAUUAAAAGAAUUAGGUAUUAAAAUUGGAGAACAAAUCAAAAUCAAGCAAAUCAUUCAACAAGUAAGAGAGAAUUAA